GGUUUGGGUAUCUCCUAAUUGAGGAGAGUCAAAAUACUGAUUGCAAGUGAAUCCUCCUCAGUCAGCCUGUUGGAUGUCUCUGAGAACAUAAGAAGUCAUGGCAGAAAAUGAUGCGACGCCAACCUUACCAAAAAAGUGUGGCCCUUAUAUUUCAUCUGUAACCAGUCGUGGCAUGAAUUUGGUAAUUCGUGGUAUAGUGCUGUUUUUUAUUGGCGUAUUUCUUGCAUUAGUAUUAAACUUGCUUCAGAUCCAGAGAAACGUUACUCUCUUCCCCCCUGAUGUGAUCACAAGCAUCUUCUCCUCAGCUUGGUGGGUACCACCUUGCUGUGGCACAGCAUCAGCUGUGAUUGGGUUAUUGUACCCAUGCAUGGACAGACAUCUGGGAGAGCCACAUAAAUUUAAGAGAGAAUGGUCCAGUGUAAUGCGAUGUGUAGCAGUCUUUGUGGGAAUAAAUCAUGCCAGCGCUAAAGUGGAUUUUGCCAACAAUAUCCAGCUGUCUCUCACAUUAGCAGCUCUGUCAAUUGGACUGUGGUGGACGUUUGAUAGAUCACGCAGUGGCUUUGGUCUUGGAGUAGGAAUUGCUUUCCUGGCCACAUUGGUGUCACAACUUCUGGUCUACAAUGGAGUUUAUCAAUAUACGUCUCCAGAUUUCCUUUAUGUUCGUUCCUGGUUACCAUGUAUAUUUUUUGCUGGUGGAAUAACUAUGGGCAAUAUCGGCAGGCAGCUGGCAAUGUAUGAAUGCAAAGUCAUUGCAGAGAAGUCUCACGAGGACUGAGGAGAAUCAAUGUGCACCUUUUAAACAGGAAAAUAUCUGACAAAUGACUGUUGGAAGAGCAUAAGGAACACUUGACUAUGAAAUUGCCAAAAUGCAAUUUUUUUUUCCCUUGAGUGGUAUACAUUACUGCAAUCUGUGAUUGCUGCUUCUAUAGAAACCUUGAUGUCUGAUUUUGAUUACUGUGAAGUUACAAUAGUAUGCAAUACAUUUGACAAUAUUGGUUCAAUUAUAGGAUUCUUUUUUCCAAAUCUAAACUGUUUACCAUAAAUUCUUGUCUGUCCACAAUGUUGCAGUGCCAAACUGAACCUUUGCACUAUGUUUCUGUAGCUGAAACUUCUGCUUCACUUUAUCUUGAAAGUUCUGAGGAGUUUGUUCUUAAUAGCUCAGUGAAAGACAGGGGAUCUAAACUUAGGAAUAAAGAUCUCUCUUUCCAUGAUGAUUGCCCGUAUUUAUGAAAUUAGUGGAUUACAGGGGAGCUUUGAUGCAAUAAGUAACUGGUUUCUGCCUGUUA